UCGGUUCUAAUUUCAAAUCGUCAUUUUUUUAUUUUGAGAAAUUCAUAAGUGAACAUCAGUUGUUAACCGAAGUUAAACCAUGUGAAAAAUUGAGUUUUAUCAAAAAUGUUGAUCAAAUUAGUUUCUAGAAUAAUAGAAGGUUUCCCAAGGAUAUCUAUGAUAACCAGGACUAUGCAUUCUUCUAGUAGGGAUACUGUAAUAGUAGAUAAUGUAGGGCAAGUAACUACUAUAGGCAUCAACAGGCCGUCUAAACGUAACUGUGUAGAUACUGAGACUGCUAGGUUGAUCAACAAAUCAAUAGAACAUUUUGAAAAUGACCAGAAUUCAUGUGUUGCUGUUUUAUAUGGUACUGGGGGCAACUUUUGCUCUGGGUUUGACUUCAAAGAGUUGGCUGACUCAAAGGAUUUAGACUUGACAAAUGGAUUAAUGGCUCUUCCUAAAACUGUUAAGAAACCAAUGAUAGCAGCAAUAAGUGGUUAUACAGUAGCUGGUGGGUUAGAACUUGCCUUAUUAUGUGACUUACGCGUAAUGGAAGAUACAGCAGUGUUAGGUUUUUACAGCAGAAGAUUUGGCAUUCCCUUAUCUGAUGGUGGAACUGUUCGGCUUCAAUCAAUGGUAGGUCUCUCAAGAGCCCUGGACCUUAUUUUGACUGGUAGAUCUCUCAAUGCCCAAGAAGCUUUUCAAUGGGGAUUGGCCAACAGAAUAGUUUCUUGUGGAACAGCCUUGGGACAAGCAAUCAACUUGGCUUCUUCUCUUGUUAAAUUUCCUCAAGAGUGCCUCAAUAUUGAUAGACAAUCUACAUAUAAUUCAGCAUUUAACAAAGCUUAUGAGGAACUGAUUGAUGCAGAACGAAGAAACUCCAAUAAAUUAUCAUUCAGAAGUAUCAAAGAAGGUGCUACUAAAUUCAUGUCAGGACUUGGGAGGCAUGGAAAUUCAUACAAUUUGACCAAGAGAAAUAUUUGUGAGUGGGAAAAAGAGUAUUCUGAUGACUGUGAUAUGAAUCCAAAGAGUAAAUUAUGAAAAGUGUAUUUUCAAUUGAACAAUUUUUAUUAUAGUGCAUAAUUUUGACUGGGACAGGUUUUAUUUUGAAUUGAUUUCUCUACACCUCUGUUGGUUCUGUUGCUUCAUAGUAAGAAACUACCAAGAAAUUUAUGGCCACAUAAUUAUCUAGGUACUGUGGAAUGAAAAGAAGGAAAUGAAUACUUAUUGAAAAAAUCUUGAAAAAAAAUAACUCCAGGAGAACAAUGAACAACUAUAAGUAGUAAAUAGGCUGCUCCUUCCUCAACUAGACUGAAUAAUCAAAACUGAACUAGGCUGGAGAGAAGUACCUAUAUGAAUUAUUAUUUCUAAUGUGAAUUUUGAGAAAUAUUUAGUUAACCUUCUUGGAUGACUUAUUCAGCAAUAGAUAUUGGUCUGUUCAGUUUUUCGAUUGACUCAUUCUCAAUUUAGUUUCAUUACUAACCAGAGAUGAACCUUGGCUUGAUUUGUUUGCAGAAGAUCGUCUCUGAAAGUAAAAAAACAAGUAGUAUAAUUUAUUAUCAAAAGAUAUUUUAUACUUUGGAUUGAGAUGAUCUUCUUCUUUGAUAGGCUUCAAAUUCUGUGAUUUCUCUUGAUGCUCCACCCAGCAUUGGUUUGAUUUGAUUGUCAUCUGCAGUAAAACUAUGAUGAAUGUAAUGAAAUAUUUUACAAGAAAUACUGACCAUCCCAAUAAACAAUAUAAUAGGUUUCCUUAUCAGUAAAUAUUUCUAGACCAAUAACAUUAGGUGGAUAAUCAUUGAUUUUCAAAACUUUUCCUUUUUCAGUUGCAAAAUCAAAUUUAUCUAAAAUAAUCAAAAUAUUCACAUUAUAUAUUGUGAUUCCAUAUGUUUAUGUUCAAAAUAAAAUGAAUUAAAUACACAAUUGACUGCAAAAUAAAUAUUGGAUCAAGCAAUUGAUUAAUGUUAUGCUCACUGAGAUAAAUGAGAUGCAGAUAAGUUGAGAGAAAUUGAGUUAUAUUUUACUUUGAAUUUCAUUUGGGAUCCCAACUUCUCCAUAAACAUAGUCCAAAAUUAUUCUAAUAUAGCAAUCAGGAUUGAAUAAUAACUGUUUGUUUUCAAUGGCAGUACAUAUGAAUUCUGAUGGUUGAAUAUCUUUGUAGUCUGUAAAUAACAAAUAAUGGUUCCCAAAGGACUUACUCAGUGAAAAUCAAUGAAAAUAUACCUAUAUAUUUGAUGUAACAGUACAUUCUUAUCAAAUUGUGUUCAGUUAUCUCAGUAAACAAUAUUUGUUCUCCAAAAGAAAUAUUCAGUUGACAUUUAAUUCCAAAUUGCAAAUUGAGUAUUCAAAUUCAAUUGUAAUAGUUGUCAUGGAUACAAUCCAAUGAAUGAUAUACAAAAUGUUGAUGAAGAUCCAAUCAAUUUGGCCCUGUUCACUGAAAACAUGGACAUCAAC